AUGGAGUGGACUGCGCCUACUACGAGUCGGGCGAGCGGCCAUUGUGGAAUCGUUCAGAUCUUGAUUGAACUCGGAUUUGGAUUCACACUUCUGGAGGCGAUGGCGAAUGACCGGCUGGAGGAACGCUAUCGCGGACAUCACAUCGAGGUGACGGAACGCGAGAUGCAUCGACAGUAUUAUCCGUGGCCGGGAACCCUCCGUAGGCGUUUGGCUGCCGGGGGCUCCGACCACGCUGACAAUUGCCGACUGUCUGGUGAGCACCACGAAGAUAGCCUAAUCAGAUGCAUGCAACGGCUGCAAGCGGGGUCAUUUACCGGCACGCAUGAUCAGGCGACGCAUACAGGGCCUCGCGUCACAGCUCGGAUAUGGCAUACGCAGUCCCCCCGCUUGCCUCCUCAGGACGUACGGGAAGCACAACACCUAGCGCUGAGUAUCUUGCGAACGCACGACCCGUGCAGCUGUUGCCAGAGACGCGAGGUGGUGCUUCAAAAUUUGCUUUCCGACGAGAAGGUCGCUCGACACAGGGAAGAGACCUACUUAGACAAGAGGGAUGCGCACGAACUCAAGUCGAUUCGUACCCGGAACCGCACCCGACGACUUGAAUACGACAACUUCACCAUCGCGAAUGAGAAAUGCAAAAAGCAGAUGCGCAAGUCGCAUCAGGCGACACUUCAGCUAGCUGAGAGCCUGCGACAAGCAUACAGAGACGAGGGCCUUCUGGUGGCUGGGGAGGAACUGCUGCGCGUGCAGGAGGAGAUGAGUGCUCUCUACGAGUCUCCAGAAGGAAUGUACGACGAGGCAGAGCUUGAACAGCAGCUAGAAGCACUCCGCCACCAACUCGCGACUAUCCAGGAGUUUCGCAGCAGACUGAGGGGCCGCCAGGAACGCGCCACGAAAGGACCGUCGAGUCAUUAG